CGGGCCCCCACCGCCGCCCGCCGGGAGGACCGAGCCUAAGAGGGCAGCCGCCUGAAGGAACGCGACGGCGGCGCCCGCAGCCAACAGAAUCCUGGAUUUGAGGCUGUCCUUUGAAAGCACCUCUGCUAGAGUUCCCACUUCCAAACCCCUUUCAGCUCUUCAGGAUUCAGCCUCCAGGUGAGGUGCUGGAAUUGAUGCCAGAGUGAAUGACUCCGGAUUGCUGAGUCGAAGGAAAAGGUAGCCGCUACUGACAGCUCGCAGGCGCUCCUGGGAUUUUCCUUCCUUUGACGCUGAGGCUGUUCCACUUUCAAGCGUUCUGCUUUGUGAGGGAAGGGCAAGGUCAGAAGGUGCUCGCCGUUUCCACAGCAAGCACGUGGCACACGCGUGCCACACGCUGAACCUGCCUUGGUCGUAGCUGGCUCCUUUGUUAAGGUCAGCGCCCCCCAAGACCACGUGCUGUGCAGACAAUGUUGGGAUCUCGAGAACUGUGGGGUUCCCCUUAGAAACUAGUGUCUGGCCCAGCAGCCUACACAGGAGAGUUUGCGGUUACAGCACAGAGACGGUUUCGGGGACAGAAACAUCCUUUCUCACUCCUGCCAGAAGGCUGCUCACAGCUCCACUGAGAAAAGCCCUGCUUGAUGGAAACUCAACUCUGCCAUCGUCUGCACCCCAGUGCAACGGCAGUCAAAGGCCAAGGAGAGCUAUGCUUUGUUUUAUAGAAACGUGCCUAGAAAUGGUCGCCUUAAGUUAUUUAACCCACUCCCUGUUGUCGGGUUUUGAGUUUGUUUCUAGUCUCUUCCACCCGCAAACUGCACUGUAGUGACCAUUCUCACAGCUACCUCUUUUCACACAAAAGUAAUAAUUUCCCUUUGGUAGAUUUCUAAAAACAAAUUGCUAGUUCAGAGAGACGACCAAUUCCAAGGCUUCUGAUCAGCUUUGCCCAGUCACUGCCCGUGGUGAGGCGCCCCCGAGACUGUACUUGCCAUGUCCUGGGGCCACUGCCCUCUCCUGCCAGUUUUUGUCCCCAACUGAAAGGGCCUCUUGUUUCUCUUUUUCUUGGUCCUUUUUAGGAUGUGUCAUUGUUCACUCCCCUUCGUGAGCUCCGUCGUGUUUUAUUUCCUUCUCUGCGUUCUCAGGUUGCCCUUGGAGUGGAGUCUGUGGCUUUCCACCUGAUCAGCGCCCGGGAAGUGUUUUCGUGUGAUGAAAGUUAUUUUUCAGUGCUGUACAAGCGUCUUGAAUUACUCUGGUAGCUUUUCCAGAAAGACCCAUGACUUCACCACAUUUCUCGAGUUACGAUGAAGGUCCCCUGGAUGUCAGCAUGGCAGCCACAAACCUGGAGAACCAGCUGCACAGCGCACAGAAGAAUCUCCUGUUCCUUCAGCGGGAGCAUGCCAGCACGCUCAAGGGGCUGCACUCCGAGAUCAGGCGGCUGCAGCAGCACUGCACAGAUUUAACAUAUGAGCUGACAGUCAAAAGUUCGGAACAGACAGGAGACGGGACUUCUAGAAGCAGUGAAUUAAAGAAAAGAUGUGAAGAGCUGGAAGCCCAACUGAAAGUGAAAGAGAACGAAAAUGCUGAGUUGUUGAAAGAACUGGAGCAGAAAAACGCGAUGAUCACAGUGCUGGAGAACACCAUCAAGGAGCGGGAGAAGAAGUACCUGGAGGAGCUGAAGGCCAAGAGUCACAAGCUGACCCUGCUGUCUAGCGAGCUGGAGCAGCGGGCCAGCACCAUCGCCUACCUGACCUCCCAGCUGCACGCCGCCAAGAAGAAGCUCAUGAGCUCCAGUGGGACCUCAGAUGCCAGCCCGUCAGGGAGCCCCGUGCUGGCCAGCUACAAGCCAGCGCCCCCCAAAGACAAGCUACCUGAAACGCCUCGCCGCCGCAUGAAAAAGAGCCUCUCGGCCCCCUUGCACCCGGAAUUUGAAGAGGUCUACAGAUUCGGGGCAGAGAGCAGGAAACUCCUUUUGCGGGAACCAGUGGAUGCUAUGCCAGACCCCACCCCAUUUCUGCUGGCUAGGGAGUCCGCCGAGGUCCACCUCAUCAAAGAGAGGCCCCUCGUCAUCCCCCCCAUUGCCUCCGACCGAAGCAGCGAGCAGCACAGCCCGGCCCGCGAAAAGCCGCACAAGGCCCACGUCGGGGUGGCGCAUCGGAUCCACCAUGCCACCCCGCCGCAGGCCCAGCCCGAGGUGAAGACCCUGGCGGUCGACCAGGUGAACGGAGGCAAGGUGGUGAGGAAGCACUCAGGGACGGACAGAACUGUGUGAAGCCCGCUGGGCCCCACCCCGCGCUGUCCAUGCACUGUGAGCACCACUAGGAAAUCUCAGCCACACCUUUUCUGUUUAAUUCCCAUGCAUGCCAAACACUUUUCACACCUACCGACCAAUUCUCCUUCUGCUUCUCUUGCCCUCUUCUUCACACCAAAAUAUGAUCGUGUCCCUGCUGCAGAAUAUGUAUUUCCUAAUUGCUGUGGCCAAACGCCUGUGUGCCGAAUCGCUUGCUUCUGAUCCCGCUCCGUGUAACCUAAGUGCGCCGC